AUGAGGAAAGCAAAUCAGUCGAUAAUCUCAGACUUUAUUCUUGUGGGGCUCUUCAGCCACUUGGGGCCACACCUGCUCCUCUUCUCUUUUGUGGCUGCCACGUUCACCAUUGGCCUUCUGGGUAACACCAUCCUGAUCUUCUUGAUCCACACAGAUUCCAGGCUCCAAACGCCCAUGUACUUCCUGCUUAGCCAACUCUCCCUGUUGGAUGUUGGUUUUCCCCUAGUCACCAUCCCCAAGAUGGCGAUCAACUUCCUUCAGGGAGAGGGAUCCAUCUCCUUUGGGGGCUGUGCAGCUCAGAUGUUCUUCUUAAUGCUGAUGGGAGUCUCUGAGGGUGUCUUACUCUCUUUCAUGUCCUAUGACCGUUACAUUGCCGUGUGCCACCCCUUGCGUUACCCUAUGCUCAUGAGACGCCAGGUGUGCUUGCUCAUGGUGGGCAUCUCCUGGUUGUCAGGAGUGCUUAUAGCCACCAUACAGACCUCAAUCACCCUGCACUUCCCCUUCUGCGCCUCACACACUGUGGACCACUUCUUCUGUGAGCUACCUGCCCUGCUAAAACUCUCCUGUGAAGACACUUCGGCUUAUGAGUUGACGCUGUCCAUCUCAGGGGUGCUGAUCUUGCUGCUGCCCAUGUCGCUCAUCACCACCUCCUAUGGCCAUGUGUUGGGGGCCGUUCUCCGCAUGCACUCAGCAGAGGCCAGGCACAAAGCCUUCACCACCUUCUCUUCGCACAUUACUGUGGUGGGGCUCUUUUACGGGGCAGCCGUGUUCAUGUACAUGGUGCCAGGCACCUACCACAGCCCACAGCAGGACAAUAUGGUCUCCCUUUUCUACAGUCUUGUCACCCCCACACUCAAUCCUCUCAUCUAUAGCUUGAGGAACCGAGAAGUUCGAGUGGCUUUGGUCAAGGUCUUUGGCAAAGCUGGCUUCAGGUCAAAGAGAUGA